AUGUGGGAGCGCGCGCCGGUGGCUGGCCGCGGCUUUGGCGCGCUGGCGACAGUGCCCAUCCCGGCCGGGACGCUUGUGCUUCGUACGACGGCUACUGCGUCGUUGCCGCUCGACCUGGGUGCGACCUGCGCUCAUUGCUUUGCCCCCGCCGCGCUGCGCUGCGCCCGCUGCAAGCUGCUCAAGUACUGCAGCCGCAACUGCCAGCGCGCCGACUGGUCGUCGCACGGACCCGAGUGCAAGUACCUCGCGCCGUACAUGGCGUCGGCAGCCGGGCCGUCACCGACGCCGACUGUGUUGCUGGCGGCGCGCCUCCACUAUAGCGCCAUCGACCCGAGCGACUAUGCGACCAACCUCGACGCGCACGCACCCGACGCGAUUCAGCGCUACCGCGACAUGAGUGCGCUCGUGCUGCAGAUCCUUGGCGCGACCAACGUCGCAGAUACGUUGCCGUCCAUGCACCGCCUCCUCUUGACCUUUGCGAUGCUCAACUGCAACGCGUUCACUGUCUGCUCGCCCGAGCAAGUGCCUCUCGGUAUUGGCUUUUAUCCAUUGGCGGCGGCGUACAACCAUGCGUGCGUGCCCAACUGCGUGGCGACCUUUUGCGGCCGCGACCUUUACCUGCGCGCGCUGCGACCGAUCUCGCGGGGCGACGAACUCACGAUUGCCUACACGGAGCUGGUUGCACCCACAAGUGUGCGCCGACUCGAACUCGCAACUUCGUACUUUUUCCACUGCGACUGCGUUCGCUGCGUGGUCGUCCAAGGGUCGGGGUCGUGCUGGGCAAAAAAAGAACACUUGCUGGAAGGCUGUGGGUGCAGUCGACGCGGCUGCGCUGGCUGCCUUGAGCCCGAUGUUGAUGGGGCAACGUCCUCGUGUCCCAUCUGCUUGACCGUGAUUGAGCACGACAACGUGACACCCCGCCUCGUCCAACGCGCGAUCCAAGCGGCUGACAGCGCGGAGCAGCGCAAGGCUAUACCAGAGGCGAUAGCAUGUCGGCAACGCGCCUAUGCACUGACGCAGGCGUCGUACCACAAAUACCACGCGGACAAUAUCGCAGGCGCUGAGACGCUCGCCAACUUGAUCAUGAGUGCCGAGAAUGCAGCGUUUCGAGACGCAGCUCAGACGUCAUUGGCACUCACAUUGUACGCGACAGCGCUCGACGGGCUUACAUGGCUUUAUGGCCCGGAGCUCGCACCAUUGCGGGGUCUCACGACUCUCAAGUAUGCGCAAGCGCUGCAUCUCGCCAACCCCAAUGCAAAGGACGAGGCGCUGCGGCUGGUCCAAGAAGCUUGUUCCUUGCUCGCGACGACACACGGAGACGAUAGCUCUGUCGUGGCGACAGCAAUUGCGCUCCUUUAUGAUCUGCAGCGUGUAGAGUCGUAG